GGCGGCGCAGGCUCGGGCGGGUCCCCGGUGCGCGCAGCGGGCUCGGCUCCCUCAGAGCCGCUCCCGGCGCCGACAUGAUCCUGCUCGAGGUCAACAACCGCAUCAUCGAGGAGACCCUCACGCUCAAGUUCGAGGGCGCGGCCGCCGGAAAUAAACCAGAGGCAGUAGAAGUAACAUUUGCAGACUUUGAUGGAGUCCUUUACCAUAUUUCAAACCCCAAUGGAGACAAGACAAAAGUGAUGGUCAGUAUUUCUCUGAAAUUCUACAAGGAACUCCAGGAACACGGUGCUGAUGAGGUAUUGAAGAAAGUCUAUGGAAGCUACUUGGUAAAUCCUGAAUCAGGUUACAAUGUCUCUUUGCUCUACGACCUGGAGAACCUCCCUGCAGACAAGGAUGCCAUUGUGCACCAAGCUGGCAUGUUGAAGCGCAACUGCUUUGCUUCAGUCUUUGAGAAGUAUUUCAAAUUCCAGGAGGAGGGCAAAGAAGGAGAAAAAAGAGCAGUCAUCCACUACAGGGAUGAUGAGACAAUGUAUGUUGAGGCAAAGAAGGACCGUGUCACAGUUGUGUUCAGCACAGUAUUUAAGGACGACGAUGACGUGGUGAUCGGAAAGGUGUUUAUGCAGGAGUUCAAGGAGGGUCGCCGGGCCAGUCACACAGCCCCACAGGUACUGUUCAGCCACAGGGAGCCACCCUUGGAGCUGAAAGACACGGACGCAGCCGUUGGCGACAAUAUUGGCUACAUCACUUUCGUGUUGUUCCCCCGUCACACCAAUGCUGCAGCCAGAGACAACACCAUAAACCUGAUCCACACAUUCCGGGACUACCUGCACUACCACAUCAAGUGCUCAAAGGCCUAUAUUCAUACACGUAUGAGGGCGAAAACGUCAGAUUUCCUCAAGGUGCUCAACCGUGCCCGUCCAGACGCAGAGAAGAAAGAAAUGAAAACAAUCACGGGGAAGACGUUCACAACCCGUUAAUGCUGAGUCACCGAGGCUGCCGUGGAGGACGAAGGUUGGGGCACUUGCUACCUGAUAAUCGUAGCUUUUAAUGUUGCACCUCUGUGGGCUCAUAAGGAAUUCAAGCAAUCGGGGUCUGUUUGUACGACAGUUGGGGGAGUAAUCUGCAGAAACGAGCUGUGCUUGCGAGGACUCGAUCGUU